CUGGACGGUCUCGUAGUUGUAGCACUUUUGAUUAUUUGUUCGUGUGCGUAUCUUAAACGAGUGCCUCGAAUAAACAGCUGGUUGCUCUCUGAGAAAAAGGGAUUCUUUGGAAUUUUCUACAAGGCUUCGGUUAUCGGCGUUCGUUUACAUUCCUUCGUUUCUGCCGCCUGUUUUCUAGCUGCUGGAUAUACCUUGUUCAUCAGAUAA